UUAUAAAUGGGCCAUAGAGGCUGAGGUCUCCCUAGUUGACAGUGCCACUCAAAGAGGCAUUUGGGGCUAAAGAUUCACCCCUCCUCUGGAAAGUAGCAACUGGGGAGGUUGGAGGGUCCUGGCUAGGGACUGGGGAGCAAGCAGCCUAGAGUUGCCAGUUUGAGUUGGCUGUAUUCCUGAAGAUUUCAUCACAUGAGAAUAGUGAAGUCCCUAUUGGAUUUUAUGGAGUCUCUGGCUCUUCUCCCUUCCCAGAGUUAAAACUCUGCUUGGGUUAUGUUGGACCCCAUGGCUGGAGAUAUCGUUAUCAACUCCGAUAGGAAGAGCUGUUUUGUCACUGAGCAAACCUUUGCUUUCCUGAAAGUGACCAUAUGGAGCCUAUACCAGGCCUUGAGCAAACAGUGGAAUCCCCCCUUGGCAAAGUCAGGACUUCACAAACUUUCAUAAAUAGGGGCCAGGGAACUUCUGCUCUCUGUGGGGCGUAUGGAGCAACAUCAAAGGAUGGGGGCCAUGAGGCCAGUGCUGGCUUUGCUGACCCUGGCCUACCACCUGCUGCGCACAGCUGCCACCCUGAGAAUCUGCGCUUUCAACAUCAGGAGUUUUGGAGACAGCAAGCUGUCCAAUGAGACCAUUGCAGGCAUCAUUGUGAACAUCGUGCAGACAUACGACAUUGCUGUGGUGCAGGAGGUCCGUGACUCUGAUGGGAGUGCUGUCAGGAAACUGAUGGACCAGCUCAACAGGACAUCUCUGCAGCCAUACAGCUAUGUAGUCAGCGAGCCCCUGGGCCGGAACUCCUACAAGGAGCAGUAUCUCUUUGUGUACAGGACGGGUGUGGUGUCGGUGGUGGACAGUUACUACUAUGAUGACGGCUGUGAGCCCUGCGGGAACGACACUUUCAGCAGGGAGCCCUUCAUUGUGAAGUUCUCCUCCCCCUAUACAGAGGUGCAGGAGUUUGUGCUGGUACCCCUGCAUACGCCCCCCAGCGAGGCUGUGGCAGAGAUUGAUGCCCUCUAUGAUGUCUACUUAGAUGUCAUCGACAAGUGGGGGACUGACAACAUCGUCUUCCUGGGAGACUUCAACGCCGACUGCUCCUACGUCAGGCCGCAGGACUGGCCUUCCAUCCGCCUGCGCACCAACGACGCCUUCCAGUGGCUCAUCCCGGACAGUGCAGACACCACCGUGUCGUACACAAACUGCGCCUACGACCGGAUCGUGGUGAGUGGCUCUGAGCUGCAGCGUGGUAUGGUGGCCGGAUCUGCCAAAGUCAACAACUUCCAGGAGACUUUCCACCUGCAGCGCGAGGAUGUGCUGGCUGUGAGUGAUCAUUUCCCGGUGGAAGUGACUCUGAAGGCUCGCUGAGGCUCGCCUGCUCCUGCCUUGCUCCAUCCCCCGCUAAGCCAGGAGACGUAGCAAAGCAAUUUCUACUGCAUUCAUAUUCUCUUUGGCUGCUGCUGGCUGCAGCGCCAAUGCCUUCAGACGAGCUCCCAAGGCUGAAUCUCAGCGUCUACGAUUAUAGCCAAAUACCAGCCUCCUGGCAUCUACCUGCUGCUCCUGGCACAUCCUCAUGGCUGGUCACAAACCCACCUCUCUAGGUGCUGCAUCGAAUGGCCCACCAGCGUCACUUACUGGGUACUUGGAUAACUGGCACAUCCAUGCCAUUGGGAGAUCCCUUCACACAAUAUAGUUAGUAAGCUUUGAAAUCUUUGGUCUCGAGGCAUCCUGGAGUGUUAUGCUGGGCAACAGGGCUGUGGGGGGGAAGCUGAUUUUGUGGCCAAUGGGUACGUGCAAUUAACAUAGAAUGAAUGAGGGGCAGUUUUAUAAGUGCUUGAUGAUUGGCUAGAAGCCAACUCUCGAGUCGCAUGAUAUCUGGUGUUUUUCAUAAAGCCCUACCUCUUGGAGUCAUGUGAUUAUAGGAGAAUCUCAGCUUUCAUUCAAAGAGCCAGGGUCCAGCCUUCAUGUGUGUGUGGAGAAAAGCUGGAAGAUGUGACUAACCUCUCAGUGCUCAAACCCCACCAGGCCAAUAAAAAGA